CGUUAUGGUGCAUAGAAAUGCGCAGGAAUUCCGCAAAUCUAUAUACAGUGAAUCAAUACGCUAACCAAGGUUUGAUUUUCGUGAAUACACUAUACUGUACGGGCAGUGAGCGGAGGGACAUGGAACCGUGAAAGUAUGGCGGAUGUUGAGGAGCCGGAGAAGAAAAGAAGGAAAAUAGAGGAGCUGACUGAGAAGUUAGUGACGAAAUGCUUGAAACUGGCAGCAGAAUGGCUGUUGAUGGAGAACACAUGGGCAGUGGAGACUGGGAUGGCCGAUGGAACCAUGUAAAGAAGUUCCUGGAGAGACCCGGCCCAUUCACCCAUCCUGACUUUGAGCCAAGCACUGAGUCCCUUGGGUUUUUAUUGGAGACAUGCAAGAUCCUGGUCAUUGGAGCUGGAGGACUUGGGUGUGAGCUUCUGAAAAAUCUGGCCCUGUCAGGUCUUCGACACAUUCAUGUUAUUGACAUGGACACUAUUGAUAUCUCCAACCUCAACAGGCAGUUCCUUUUCAGGCCCAAAGAUGUUGGACGGCCCAAAGCAGACGUGGCUGCUGACUUUGUUAACAAUCGUAUCCCUGGAUGUCAAGUUGUCCCACACUUCAAAAAAAUCCAAGACUUUGAUGAAUCUUUCUACAGACAAUUCCACAUUAUUGUUUGUGGAUUAGAUUCUGUCAUUGCCAGGCGUUGGAUGAAUGGCAUGCUGAUAUCUUUACUAAGCUACGAGGAUGGUGUUCUUGACCCUAGUUCCAUCAUCCCCCUCAUCGAUGGUGGUACGGAGGGUUUCAAAGGCAACGCUCGGGUCAUUCUUCCUGGAAUGACCGCAUGCAUAGACUGCACCCUGGAACUGUACCCACCACAGAUUAAUUUCCCCAUGUGCACCAUUGCGUCUAUGCCGCGGUUGCCAGAGCAUUGCAUUGAGUAUGUCAGGAUGCUACAGUGGCCCAAAGACACGCCUUUUGGGGAUGGUGUUUGUUUGGAUGGGGAUAACCCUGAGCACAUUCAGUGGGUGUUUCAGAGGGCCCAGGAGAGAGCUGCUAAUUACAAUAUCACCGGAGUUACAUACAGACUCACACAAGGUGUUGUGAAGAGGAUUAUCCCUGCUGUGGCAUCAACUAAUGCUGUAAUAGCUGCGGCCUGCUCCACAGAGGUUUUUAAAAUUGCUUCAAGUGCUUAUAUUCCACUGAAUAAUUAUCUGGUUUUUAAUGAUGUGGAUGGGCUGUACACCUACACCUUUGAGGCAGAGCGAAAGGAGAACUGUUCAGCUUGUAGCCAAGUUCCCCAGGAUCUACAGUUCCCACCCUCUGCCAAACUACAGGAGGUUCUGAAGUACCUGACGGAGAAUGCCUCCUUACAAAUGAAGUCCCCAGCCAUCACAGCAACCCUGGAAGGGAAAAAUAAAACUCUGUAUUUACAAACCAUAGCUUCGAUUGAAGAACGAACUAGACCGAAUCUUUGCAAAACCCUGAAAGAACUGGGAUUGUCUGAUGGACAGGAACUAGCAGUGGCUGAUGUCACCACACCCCAGACUGUCCUGUUCAAGCUGAAACUCACCUCUUAAACUGUCAAAGGAGAAAUACAGAAACCGUCUAGACAUUUAACAACCCUUGGGUGAAAGUGAUGUGACUUGUUGUAAUAUAUUUAAGUCUGAUAAUGUAUAUAAGAUCCAUUUCCUUGUUUUGGCCUGUUUUAGGAGGAUGUGGACGGUCAUUGACGUUCUAUAUCAGAACAGUGUGUGGAGUCAGUCUAAUGUUUUCUUAAAAAUGUUGUUUUACUCCUAAAUGUUUGCACCUAAUUGACUCUUCUUUCCCCUCACACAAAAUAGCCUUUGUUUCUCCUUAUAUUUGUAAUCCUUCAUAAUGCUCCAAUAAAAUGUUUUGUUAA